AUGUCCGGUCCACUAUCAGCGUUCGCACGAUAUUCUCAAGAGGCUCCACCCUCACCUCCUCAAACAAAUUCUGUGUUACCGGCCUCACGUAAACGCAAGCGCGUAUCAGCGAUCGAUACAAAUGGCCAUUCAAAAGAUAAGCAGCCGAAUAAAAAUCGAUCGACAUCACUUCUACCUACUAUGCCAACUUCUCACGCAAAUGGUAAAUCACAUUUAUCUGUAGAACAUCCAAAUACAAUGAAAAAAUCACGAAAUAUCGAAAAGAAGUUUUUAUCUCCAGCAUAUCCAACACCACAUCCUCAACGUCGUGUGAUUCUCACUGAAUCUUCUCAAACACGAAAAAACAAAGCAGCGUUACAAGAAGCAAAUGAAAUGGAAGAGGAAGAAGAAGAAGACGAUGAUGAUGACGACGACGAUAAUGAUGACGAUGAAAAUGAAGAUGAUUUACCAUUUUCUGCUUGGCUUCGCGAUCAUGUCCCUAUCGACGAUAGUACUCUUCUUGGUCAACAUCUCUUCGGUUUAAUAAUUGACCCAAUACCGGUGAAACAAUUUAUGAAACGGACAUGGCAAAAAGAACCAUUGCUGAUUUCACGCAAACAGCCCAAUUAUUACAGUGGACUAUUUUCAACCAGUGAUAUUGAUGACAUUCUUCGAGAAAAUACAUUGGAAUAUGGAGAAAAUAUUGAUCUGACUUUUUACAAUCCAGCAACAGCCAAAAAAGAACGCCAUAAUCCAGAAGGUCGUGCUCGUCCAGCUGUUGUCUGGGAUUCAUACAACGAAGGAUGUUCUGUUCGUAUUUUGAAUCCGCAUACCUACUCAGUUUCUGUUUGGAAAUUAUUAUCAUGUCUUCAAGAAUAUUUCGGUUCACUUGUUGGUGCAAACACAUAUUUGACACCUCCAGGUUCCCAAGGCUUUGCGCCGCAUUACGAUGACAUCGAUGCAUUUAUUUUGCAAUUGGAAGGGAAAAAGCAUUGGCGCGUUUACAAGCCAUUGAAUGACGAUGAAGUUUUACCAUUAAAAUCCAGUGGUGAUUUAGAUAAGAAUAUUCUCAAUGGCAUCAAACCAUGUAUCGAUGUUGUUCUCGAAGCAGGCGAUCUUCUCUAUAUGCCACGUGGUUAUAUUCAUCAAGGAAAUACUCUUGAUGAUGCUCAUUCAUUACACUUAACUGUUAGCUGUUAUCAACAACAUACAUGGGGUGAUUUAUUCAAAAUACUUUUACCAAAAGCAGUAGAUUACGCAAUGAAGACGAAUGUCAAAUUUCGUCAAGGAUUACCUGUUGGUUAUCUUAAUCAUUUUGGUCUUAUUCAUAGUACAAAAAAACUAUCCAUGAAAAAACGUGCUAAAUUUCAUUCUACAUGUCAUCGAUUACUUGAUGAAUUACUUCGCGAAAGUGUUCCUAUUCAAAUGGAUAGUAGCGUUGAUAGUAUGGCACAAAAGUUUAUACACGAUGCUCUUCCACCGAUGUUAACUGCUGAAGAACAAUUAACAACAAUUCAAGAACAAGGUGAACGAUGGAAUAGUGAGUUCAAUCGUGUUAGUAAUGUUGUCGAACUUCAACCUGACACACGUGUUCGUUUGUUACGUCGUCAUUGUUUACGUGUUGUUGAACAAGAUAAUGCUGAAGUUGAAGACGACGAAGACAAUCUUCUUGCUUUUUACACGACCGAUAAUGCACGAAGUUAUCAUGACCGACCAUUGUCAACGCUCGGAGUCGAUAGAGAAACUUUACCUGCAUUGGAAAUGCUUUCAACAACUUAUCCAGGUUUUGUCAGCAUUGAUAGUUUACCACUGGCAACGAUCGAAGAUAGGAUAACAUUUGUAUCAACUUUGUACGAAAAAGGCUUGGUUCGAACUGAAUAUGAAUUGGAACAUUCGGAUGAUGAAGGAGAGGAUGAACCGGAUAGUAACGAAGAUGAUGACGAUGAUGAAACUGGUAAAGUGAUUUCAAAACGUCGAAAAGUUCAACGGGAAUCAUCUGACGAUGACGAUGAUGACGACGAUGAAGAAGAAGAAGAUGAUGAUGAUGAAUAG